AUGCAGGACUCGAGCUACGGUGGCCGGUCUCAGAACUUGAAAGAACAUUUUAGUAACCCGGCUUCCUUAGCUACUGCUGCUACUACUACCAAGUGGCAUAAAUUUACGUCCAAUUUAAUGGUUGUAUUGGAUGCCUUUGAAGCUCAGCCUUUAAGUGAUGAAGAGGGUGAUGCAAAUAAUAUUGAGGAUGAAGCAGCAACGUUCAACAUCAAGUAUCUCACAAGCAGUAAACUAAUGGGUUUGGAGGUAUGGAGUGCUCUAAAAGAUCCGAGCUUCCGCCGCCAUAUUCUCGUUCAAUGCCUAAUUUUGUUUGACUAUCUGAAGGCACCAGGGAAGAAUGACAAAGAUUUGCCAUCUGAAACAAUGAAGGAAGAAAUAAGAUCGUGCGAGGAGCGGGUGAAGAAGCUUCUUGAAACGACUCCACCAAAAGGCAAAGAUUUUCUUCAUAGCAUUGAGCACAUAUUAGAACGUGAAAGGAAUUGGGUGUGGUGGAAACGUGAUGGUUGCCCUCCAUUUGAAAAGCAACCAAUAGAAAAGAAGUCAGUUCAAGAUGGAGCUAGAAAACGACCUUGUGCUAUUUCACCUAGAAAAUUUUCUUUGAAACUUCUCCAGGCACCAGGGAAGAAUGACAAAGAUUUGCCAUCUGAAACAAUGAAGGAAGAAAUAAGAUCGUGCGAGGAGCGGGUGAAGAAGCUUCUUGAAACGACUCCACCAAAAGGCAAAGAUUUUCUUCAUAGCAUUGAGCACAUAUUAGAACGUGAAAGGAAUUGGGUGUGGUGGAAACGUGAUGGUUGCCCUCCAUUUGAAAAGCAACCAAUAGAAAAGAAGUCAGUUCAAGAUGGAGCUAGAAAACGGUAUGCAAGUUAG